GAGCAGACGACGAGGGCAAUAAGUGUCGAUGGACGUGGUAGGACGAAGAGUAGACUUAUGUUAUUCGCCAAAUGAGAACAGCUUGGAUUACGCAUCUCAAUUCCUGUGUCCUUCUCCACAAGAUAACCUCUAUACAAGCUUGGAAGACAACUCGGUAUCGAGCGAGUACGCUUCUACCCACCUCGGCAAGACCGCUCGGCAAGACUUACACGACAAUGGGGUCCAUGGCAACCAAAGGACCCUUCAAGAAGGAGAUACCUUAUGAGUUCAAAGAUGCCUCUCUCAUCGAUACGAGAUCAUUGAUUGGGGGCCAAUGGGUAGAUGCCUCGUCUGGCAAGACCUUCAAACUUACUGACCCAGAGGACGAUGCCGAGAUCUGUGACAUUGCCGACCUGAGCGGUGACGAUACACGGAAAGCCAUUGAGGCGGCGAGUAAGGCUUUCGAGACGUACAAGCGCACUCCUCACCGGGAGCGAAGGUGGCUUAUGCGGCGGUGGGGCGAUGAGAUCAAAGCCAACAAAGAGGAUCUCGCUGCCUUGUGUACCCUCGAGCUAGGCAAACCGUAUACCGAGUCCCUCGUGACGGUGAACUAUGCUAUUGACUUCAUCGACUGGUUCGAAGGAGCCGUGGAGCGUACCUUCGGCGAAACAAUCCCGGCUUUUCGUGGCAACAACAGAAUCCUCACCAUCAGGGAGCCUCAGGGAGUGGUCGCUUGUAUCACGCCGUGGAACUCUCCUGUGGCGAUGGUAACUCGUAAAGUGGGUGCGGCGAUUGCAGCUGGAAACACAGUCGUGUGCAAGCCUGCUCCGGAAACUCCUCUUUGCGCCAUCGCCCUUGCCAAGCUCUUUGAAAGGGCUGGUGGUCCUCCCGGUGUCUUCAACGUCGUCACUUCUGGCGCUGAGAACACCCCCUCGGUCGGGAAGGAAUUGUGUAGUCACCCUGCCGUCAAGCACCUCAGCUUCACGGGGUCGACGGCCGUUGGCAGACUGCUGAAUACGGAAUGUGCAAAGACGAUCAAAAAGACCAGUCUCGAACUGGGAGGGAACGCACCGUUCAUUGUUUUUGAAGAUGCCGACCUUGAUAAAGCUGUGCCAGGGCUCAUCACCUCCAAGUUCCGAUCAUCUGGACAAACGUGCGUUUGUGCUAACCGGAUAUACGUGCAAGCUUCGAUAUUGGAGAAGUUUGCAGAAGCCCUGUCAAAAGGGCUCGAAAAGACCUUCACUUACGGGUCGGUCUGGGACAAGAAAGUGAACUUCGGACCUCUGUAUGCAGGCAAGGCGGUUACCAAAGUCGAGGCUCAUCUUGAGGACGCUCUCAAUCAGGGUGGGAAGGUAUUCCACGGGGGCACGGACAACAGCCGUGGACCGAACUUCUUUCCUGCCACCGUCGUUAAGGGCGGUAAGGAUGGCAUGAAAUUCAUGGAAGAGGAGACGUUUGGUCCGUUGGCCUUCCUUGUCCCAUUCGAGACAGAGGAGGAGGUCAUCAAGAUGGCCAAUACUACCGACGUCGGGCUGGCAGCGUACUUCUACACUGAAGACAUUUCACGACUGUGGAGGGUCAGCGAAGCGCUCAAGGUCGGUAUGGUCGGUGUCAGAGUUGGCCUUGUCAGUGCUGCAGAGGCACCCUUCGGCGGUGUUCUGGAGAGCGGUCUUGGUCGAGAAGGAGGGAUUUCUGCUUUGGAAGAGUAUCUGGACAUUAAGAGUAUCACUAUCGGGAUAUGAGGAGUAGUUAGACUCACCUCAGGACUCUCCCAACGAGACAUACAGUAAAUAGUGGAGAUGAAUGAGAACACCCGUCGACAAGGAGAACCGCGCCGUGCGUUCUGGGCCUCGAUAAGGGAGGAAGAAGUGCGGAACAGCUCCGUUGCAGCCCACUUCUGUGGCCACAAAUCUGGCGUUACAUAUUCUUAUGACCCCAAAAAUCAGCUGAUUUCUGUG